AAAUCAGAUGCAGGAACUGGAAAGAAAAUCUUACACGCACUGUUGCUGUUGCAGUGUUGGCACACGUCCUCAAACCUGAAGCUGUUCAAGAAAAUAGUGCAUCACUGGAUUUUCACAUCCACCACUGCACUGCAGGUGAAGCUGCGCAUCUGUUCGACAGCAAAGGUUGAGAACUGAAAAAAAUAUUCAGUCAAUUUGAGGCUGGUGAAUUUUCAGCGCAAUGAUGGAGGCUGUCGCGACGUCUGAUCCCACGGAAUCCGAGCAGAUCGGUGCUGAGGAGACGGUAGAGGAGGGCAUUGACGAGGCUGCUGCCCAGGAGCAACUCGAUGAGGAAUACAGGAAAAAGAAGGAUCGUCUGGACUUGUUGGAAGGCGAGGCGCGGGAUUUGCGUAUCACUCUUGCCACCAAGGAGAGGGAGAUUGAUCUGUUGAGGGAGGAGCUGUGCUUGACUCCUAGCGCUCAGCUCAAGCGUACCGUGGAGAACUCGACGCUUUACGUGAAGACCCGGGAGUUGGGUGACAAAGUCAAGUCGUCCGAGACGUACCAGAAGACAUCCAGCACGCUGAGCACUGCCGGGCAUGCCACCGCCUCGGCUGUGGGCUCAGCAGCCAACAAGACUGGCGAGGCACUCACCAAAGUCUCCACUUCAGUCAAGGAGAGUCAGACAUGGCAAGACCUGGGUGCACGCUGGCGUUCAGCAUCCCAGUCGAUGAAGGACAAGUUCUCUCAGCAGCGGUCCUACUCCGAAUCGUCGCAGAACCACGAGGCAGAGGAGAGCCAGUCGUACUCCAACACACCCUCAUGAGCUGCCCACUGGCACCGCUAGCGCCUGCAUCAGUUCACCACUCACUGCUGGCGUGCCCUCAGAGUCGGCUGUCACCACACUCACACUCUACACAUGGCCUCUCCUGUGCACGGCUCUCUACCCGCUGCUGCUGCUACACUCACUCAUCACCACACUCAGGUAUUGUCAAUGAAUCUACUUUCAGGCGCUUACUAGCCUUGUGCUUUUUUUAACGUUCAAAUUUUUUACUCCGCAUUUACCUUCCCUUUUUUUAAUCAAAUGCUCAGCUAUGUGGUAGUACCACUAUGCGUUGUUUUUACCUUCAUUAGAAAGCGCUUGUUCUUCCUAUUGCGUACAAGAACGAAAGAAAUAAUUUUUAUCCGCGCCCUAACACGUCAAUCCCCCCCUCCUGCGGACGCCGUGCAUUCGAAUCAACUGCGCGUGGCGAGAGUAAGUAGUCGAUGUGUUUGCGGUUCACGUGACUUACACGAUUGUUUUACCUGUGGAUUGCGUUAUUGUUUUACUGCGGCUAUUUCCUAAAAAGCUGUCACCUUCAGGUGCUUGUAUUGCAGCACAUGGUGCCCGCGUAUUUGCCGGGAGUCUUGACCCGAGUCCCUGUUUUCGUCUUGCUGUCAUUCGCCGCUUGGAAGCCUGUAAUGACGUUGGCUUGGCGGACACUAGAGUAGUCUUGCUUGAGGCGCUUUUUGCCUCCGAUUCUCUCUGUCUCCUCUGUCUCUUUCUCUCUCUCUCUCACACACACACUCUCUCUCUCUCUCUCUCUCUCUCUCACACACACACACACACACUCUCUCUCUUUCUUUCUCUCUCUCUCUCUUUCUCUCUCUCUCUCUCUCUCUCUCUCUCUCUCUCUCUCUCUCUCUCUCUCUCUCUCUCUCUCUCUCUCUCUCACUCUCUCUCUUUCUCUCUUUCUUCUUAUUCUGCUUUCAUUGCCCGAGCGUUGCUCAUCUCAUGUCCUGCUGUGGAUGGAUUUGAAAAUUGCGAGUCUCCAAA